UUUUUUUUUUCUGUUAUUUCUGCAGAAGAAUCAGAAAGAGAAAAAGGAAAAAAAAAAGGCGAUUGAUUUUAUUGCGGGGAGGAGGAGGAGGAAGAUUGCAGCCACCAUUGCGAUGGGCGAGAGCAGUGUUGCAACAUCGGAGGACCGCCGACAGGCCACCUCAACCAACAAGGACGCCGUUGGAGCUCCUGCUAAUUCGUCGGAUCGCCCGAUUCGAGUCUACGCCGACGGGAUCUACGACCUCUUCCACUUCGGCCAUGCGCGCUCACUUGAACAAGCGAAAAAGCUGUUUCCUAACGCAUAUUUGCUGGUAGGCUGCUGCAAUGAUGAGGUUACACACAAGUUCAAAGGCAAGACAGUUAUGAAUGCUGCAGAACGAUAUGAAUCUCUUCGCCAUUGCAAGUGGGUAGAUGAGGUCAUUCCUGAUGCGCCAUGGGUAGUGACACAAGAGUUUCUGGACAAGCACAGAAUAGACUAUGUGGCUCAUGAUUCUCUUCCUUAUGCCGAUGCAAGUGGAGCUGCAAAUGAUGUUUAUGAAUUUGUAAAAGCCGUGGGAAGAUUUAAAGAGACUAAGAGGACUGAUGGAAUUUCAACAUCUGACAUAAUUAUGAGGAUAGUGAAGGAUUAUAACCAAUAUGUUAUGCGCAAUUUGGAUCGUGGAUAUUCCAGAAAGGAGCUUAAUCUUAGCUAUGUUAAAGAGAAACGACUAAGGGUAAACAUGCGACUGAAGAAGUUGCAGGAGAAAGUCAAGGAGCAGCAAGAAAAGGUAGAGGAAAAGAUACAAACUGUUGCAAGAACGGCCAGCAUUCAACGUAAUGUUUGGGUAGAAAAUGCCGAUCGAUGGGUUGCUGGAUUUCUCGAGAUGUUUGAGGAAGGUUGUCAUAAAAUGGGAACGGCCAUUAGGGAUCGAAUUCAAGAGAGCUUUCGAGGACGUCAUGCUUCGGAAGAUGAAGAUGAGAGUAGUGAUAAUGAGGAAGAUGAUGAUGACGAUGGGGAGGACGAUGAGGAAGAGGACGAGGAUGAGGAUGAGGAACACUUUUACGACACGGAUGGAGAAUAUUAUGAUAGCGGCGACAAAUCUCACUGACUGCUUCAUUUCUUACCGUCAACUUGAUUCAAAUAUUUGAAGUAAGUAGUUCCAUAGAGUGUAAAUUCCCCAUAGUAUCAUUUGCCUUUAGAUGCUUUCUAGUUUCUACUUUGGUUGUUCAGUGUCUUCUUUUGAUUUA